AUGAUCUACAAAGCCUACGGAUCACCGAUGAACAGCAACAACGCUCACAUGUACUCAACGUAUGCACCUCCAAACGCGUACGGCCCAGGGCAGAGCGCCAGUGCCACGGUAUACGACUACGCCAGCGCAGGCGGCCACAUCAGUGGCAGCCCAUAUGGCUAUCACACAGACGCUUCUCUGGGCACUACGUACGAGUGUAAUGUCGGCAACAAUAUGCCCAAUGGUGGUAGCGUCUACUGUGGCUAUGGCUCCCGCGGUAAUGGCACGAAUGGGCGUGACAGAGGGGGCGACGCGACCGGCCUGCGCCACCAGCACGGGUAUGAUCAGCAGAGCACAUGUGACUACGAGGUCCACGACAAUCAGCUGAAGGCUCCUGUGGUGGUGAUGCCGGCGACGGUGGUGUCCACUCUGGGGAGCGCGCGCCUCUUCAGCAAGCCACCAAAGCCCAUUGUGUAUGGCUCUCGGUGCGUCGUGCGCAUCUGUGAUGCGUUCCAGGAGGGCCGGUGCGUGGCUGGUGACCGCUGCCACGAUAUCCACGUCAGACCUGAGUACUUGGCUGAAAUGCGGAUGGAGAUGAGCUCGUGGCUGUUCAACCGAGAGUGUGAGUUCCGCCAGGCGAUGGAGUGCGACGCGGAAAAGACGUUUAGCAUUUUCGUGGCGGACCUCAAGGAGGUAGUGGAGGUCCCAAUCAGCUCGCUUGUAUUCACGAAGGGUCUUUAUGUAGAUCCGGCGAUGCGUGCGAAGCGCGCCCGCGGCGCUGGCAGCCAUGGUCAUGUGCACGCGAUGAUGCAGGUGCCAACCAGCUGCGGCCUUUACUCGACUGACCCGCUGCAGUGCAAGUGGGAGCGGUGGUGCAAUCAGGUGCACAUUGACCACCGGUGGAUGCAGGCGAAGAAGGCGGAGUUCGACCAGUGGUUCAUAGAGCUGCAGAGCCGCUACUUCGCGCUCGCUCCUGAUGACAUUUUCACGGUGCACGACCCACAGCUCAAGAGCAGUAUUGCACUGCCCAAGUUUAGCAUCGCGGGAUUCUCUCGUGGCCUCUUCCAGGGAUCGAUGAAGAAGCUCGCAAGUGUGUGUCUGCUGUUCCAGCGCGGCAAGUGCACGGCCGGCUCGUGCUGUAAUCAGAUUCAUGUAUUCCCGCAGUACCUCAGCGUCGCACGCGAGUAUGCGGCGUUGGAGCAGUCUCCUGACGCGCACUGUGAGGAGAAGCAGCGGCUGAGGCGUGAGAUGGAGCUACUGCGCAGUCCCCUGAUGGAGCAGGGGCUGCAGGUGCAAGGAGAGUCACCCGCGAUGGAGGCGGCGUUGCACCCCAACAUGGUGAGUUUGGCGAACGAGGAGAGUCACAGCGACGCCAUGGACCUCAAGGCAGCUACCGAGGACGACUUAGCCUCCAGUGGUGCCCUCUUCGAGCACGUGCAGGUGGACGAGGACGUGGAACCUGCAAGCCACCUCGUCAGUGCCAACACGUCCCUUACACGUCGCCUGAACGCGAGUGUGCCGGACAUUAACCUCAUAGGCGCGCGCCACAUGAACAGCGACGGUAGUUAUAGCUUUAACCCCUACGGCAGCGUCACUUCCUUGCCAGAGGGGUCGACGUCGUACAAUAAGUUCCCCGGCACGCGUGGCAGUGGGCAACUGAUGGAAGGCAAUGGCGCUGUGCAGUACACGCCGGGUAGCGUGCAGCUUCUCUCAACAGGUACGAAGGGAAUGCGCCGACUGGUGGCCCUCGUUUCGCCAGAAUUGGGCAGCAGUAUGGUCGAGGUCCAUCGUAACGGAGACGAUAUGGGUAUCAGCGGCAACACCGGCGAUGGUGGCUUUUCCAUCGGCGCGCACGAAAAGGCGGCGCAGCUCGUGGGGGCGCACCGCAACAAUGGUGGCUACCGCGCCAUUGCACACCCGCUUGGUGAUGAGGGAGGGCGCUACGAUGGCACUGCGCAGGGCGAACACAGCUGCUCGCUUCACCCGCUCGACUUUGAUGCAAGUUGGCAAUUCUCGCCCCCUCCGCUCCUGGGCUUUGACGCGUCGACAACGAGUACGCACCGUAACGGCUCAGUUCGUGACGAGGACCCGCCCAUGCACACCCAUCUCCGUCUGGCCGUCUCGAACUCGAGCUACCCCUACCCUGGUUCCUCGACCACGUCGCAGCAAAAUCUGCUCUCCACACCGAUGCAGCGGGCCUUGACUAGUGCGGCCACUGCUGCCAAAGUCCGCUUUGCCACCAGUGCGGCGUCCUCUCGAGCUUACGCACACCGCUCCGCAACAUCGCUGCCCGAUUCUUACACGACAAAUCCCGCCAUGGGCAGCUCUGUUUCCUCUUUACCCACAACGAGACCUAGCUUCAUGGGCGGGCAGACCACUGGCAUUCGGUAA